AUGCGCUCACACGUCUUCCGGUUGUCCCGCCUCCUGACAUCAUGGCGGCCUCCAUGCUGAGCCGGUGCAGGGUGGCUCUCGUUAGCUGCCGUGCUGCCCGCUGCUCGGUUCUUGGCGGGAUUUCAGGCAGAAGCAGCACAGGUCACGUGGGAGACCAUCACAUACUUCGUGGAGGAUCUUCCUAUUCUGCACUACCUGAGGAUUACAAUUGUGAAGUAAAGCUUGCCCAGACAUCAGAUGGGAAAACCAUUGUCUGCUACCAUCCGACAGUAGAUAUUCCAUAUGAGCACACCAAGCCUAUCCCUCGGGUAGAUCCAUUACAUAACCAGGAGGAAUCGCAUGAGCAAGUUCUAAAAGGCAGACUGUACGAAACAGAAGGUAAACGAGCACCAACCAUGGAAGAGCUGAGCAAAUUGUUCUACACCACGAAGCACCGAUGGUAUCCAGUUGGACAAUAUCAUAGAAGACGAAUGAAGAAAGACCAUCCUAAGGAUCGCUAAGUUUGUGAUUCUUCCUGUAUGACCUCAUUCCACACAAUAUUGUCUCUAUUUAGCUGAACAAAUAUAAGCAACAAUAAAUAUUAAAUUUUUCUUAACCUUCUCA